AUGGUGAAGACCGAAAGAGAAUCCAGAAUCGACUCUCACAAAGAGCCAGAAAUGAUGAACCGGAAGAUUGACCUCGAUAAUUUUUCACAAGGAGCCCAGCUGAAGGCCAAGCGUUCACCGCCCAGAACUAGCUCUGUAAGAUCCGUGGAGGAUGUUACAGCCGAAUCUUCUUCACCCCAUACAGCAACUUCGUCUAGUAGCGUGCCGUCGCUGGUCGACGACUUGAAUACCGAAUCGCUUUUAUCAUCACCAGACGGCGAUAACGCCGCAUAUCCUCCGGCAGCAACAACAGAGGCCGGUACUGACAAAGACAUACCCACUCCGCCUCGGCCAACAGAAGUCUUAGUCACAGCAUCGCGUCAUUCAGUGCCUCAUCCGGAAACCCUACUCCCUAACUUGAACGAAGAGUGUAUUUUCCUAACAUCAAACAACAUUAUUUCUGCUUGUACAGCGAACGCAACUCUUCUUCAAAUUUCUUGCGCCUCAACGCACCCUCGGACUUUUCACAUAACCGACUCCAAAGCGCCUGCAUCGCUUGAACCUACGUUGUUACAGAAAACUAUUCCUCACCCUCCGGUAAUAGACAUCAUACCAUUCCCCGGAGUUCGCAACCGACUUAUUCGCUCCCUUGACGUCAUUGACCUGAUUAAACUGUCGCAAGAUUUGGUUGACGGUGCUUUCCGGGUUUGGGGUAACGCGGCGUGGGACGGUACGGGGUGGGAGGUUACUGAGGCGUUUGCCAGGAGGUGGUGGUUCCUUAUGGAUGAACAAUUAAUCGGUGUGACGAAUUUCUGGAGGAGGCAAAGACUGGAAGGCCAAUUGAUCCUGAAGAAUGAUGAAGUGUCUGUCGAGACGUAG